UCCUCCCUCUCCUCCUCUUCUUCCUUUUAAUUGCGCAUCGGCACUCCGGCAGCACCACAGUGCGAGUCACGAUCAAGAACGUUUGAACUGUUUUUAGAGAAUAAAAAAGUGAGGAUGAUGAUGAUCUCUCUGUGUCUGCGGACCAAACAAUGAUGGAUUGAACUUUAAAAAUGUUGAAGAAGGAUCUGCACUCAGUUCUCCUCGGUCUGUGGAAUAUGUGUUUUCAACGGGGCUGAUGCUGAUUAAUGAAACCAUGACACGUUUUCUGCUUCUUACAGAAGUGAUGCUUUUUGUGUGAAGCUGCUCCAAACUCCAACGAAAAGAGAGAGUUCCUCAAAACCGGAAUAAACAGGACUCUGCUUCCCGUUUUUUGACAGGCGGUUGAGAAUGACCAAAGACAUCCAUAUAACGAUGUGAUAAAAAGAUUUCCUGCACACACGUCCUCCAGUGAAUGGAAAUAAACUGCACCGACUGGCAUCCAAGUGCGUCAGACCUGAGCGGACCGCCGUUACGCAUGGAGACAUCUCGAGACUGAGAGGAUUUUUUUUACCUGUUCAUAUUUUAUUUUAUGAUUUUAUUUUAUCUCUGACAAAAGAGGGGAAAAGUUAUUCUUCACCUCCUCAAACAGAAAAUGAAAGGCUGUCUUUUCCGACUGGCACUCUUUGUGGCUUGCGUCCUCUCCAUCCGCUGCACUGCUGCGCCCGGGACUGAGGCCGAGGCGCACACGGGGUCCCGGAAUACCUGCGCGUCCUGCGGCAUCGCUCAGCCGGAGGACCCCGAAUCCGGCCGGCUGAACGUGGACUUCCUAGAGGCUGUAAAGAGGCACAUCCUGACCAGGCUACAGAUGCGGGAGAGGCCCAACAUCACGCACCCGGUCCCGAAGGCGGCCAUGGUGACGGCACUGCGGAAGCUCCACGCCGGGAAGCUGCGCGAAGACGGGAGGGUGGAGAUCCCCAACCUGGAUGGACACCCGAUGAGCAACGAGGUGCUGGAGGAGAGCUCGGAGAUCAUCAGCUUUGCAGAGAAAGAUGACAUGGUGACAUCCAAGUCCAGCCUGUUCUUCCUGAUCUCCAGCGAGGGGAACCAGAACCUGUAUGUGACGCAGGCCACCCUCUGGCUCUACUUCAAGCUGCUGCCGUCUCCCGUGGAGGUGCGUCCAAGGCGGAAGGUGACGGUGAAGGUGUAUUACCAGGAGCCUGGCCUUGGCAGCAAGUGGAACCUGGUGGAGAAGCGGGUGGACCUGAAGCGCAGUGGCUGGCACACCUUUGUGCUGACUGAUGCCGUCCGGUUGGUGUUUGAAAAGGGUGACCGGCGGCAGAACCUGGACGUGCGCUGCGAAGGCUGCGAGGCAGAUGGCGUCAUUCCCGUCCUGCUCAACCACAACGACGAGUCGCAUCGGCCCUUCCUGGUGGUGCAGGCGCGGCAAGCUGACAACAAACACCGGAUCCGCAAGAGGGGGCUGGAGUGCGACGGCAGCAGCAACUUGUGCUGCCGCCAGCAGUUCUACAUAGACUUCCGGCUCAUUGGCUGGAACGACUGGAUCAUUGCGCCGUCAGGCUACUUUGGGAACUACUGCGAGGGGAACUGUCCGGCCUACAUGGCAGGUGUCCCCGGUUCGGCCUCGUCCUUUCACACAGCUGUGGUGAACCAGUACCGCAUGCGGGGGAUGAGUCCGGGCUCCAUGAACUCCUGCUGCAUCCCCACCAAGCUAAGCACCAUGUCCAUGCUCUACUUCGAUGACGAGUACAACAUUGUCAAGCGGGACGUUCCCAACAUGAUCGUGGAGGAGUGUGGCUGUGCUUGAGUAUCUUUCAUUCACGUUUAUUUAAGGUGGAACUGAAGAACUUAACUGUAAACAGAUUCACAAUAUUACAACAAAAAAUGAAUAUAGAAACAUAAUAUUUAUGGACGAUGGAAAAAAUGGGCACACACAACCUCAUCCACACAUAUCUACACACCCUCAUGUAUGCCUGCACAAAAACCUGUAUAUAUAUUUAUGUUUGUUGAUAUAUUUUGUUAUAUUCUCUGGGGGAAGAUCAAGUCUCCUUCAAAGGGACGUGAAGAGUUCGCUUCCAAAUCUUUAAACAUCCACUUUGGAAAACAAUCAAUAUUUGAAGUUCUUCAUUUAAUCUCUCUAAGAUAGUGAGGACCUGGUUUUUGCUUACCUACUAGCCUUUACAAAGCAGCAUCAUUUGAUGUAAUUUUCUGCUCUCAGCCUCACUGUUAGAGUAACUGCCACUCGUUCAGAAGUGGGCAUCUUGUUUUGGAAUGAAGCUCUUCAUGUGUAGAACAUAAACCCAACCCUGAACGUGAAAAAGAUCUCCAGAGGAGGUCUACGGAGCCUUACAUGAGUCACAGACAAGGCUGGGGUGAUUCAGCCAUGCCUCUUUCAAAAACUGUGCGUGCAACAAACACUUGGGACAAGCACUGACGAUGUCUUCACAGCAGUCAAGCUUCACCAACGUACAGCACUUAUGGCCACAUUCACACUCUGUCUUAGACAAACUCUGGUCCACGACAAAACUGGCUUCAAGCACAUCUGAACAUUUGGACGCAUUCCAGACAUGGACGGAAACAGAAAAACGUAGAGACUGUAGAGACUUUUCAGCAAGGACUCUGUUACACUGACGCUGUCACCAAACCACUGAUUAAUCCUCCACACUGACAACUAAAAGCAGACUUGCCAAUGUGAGGCGCCACGCCUGAAAAAUCACAGCUGUUUGUGUGGCACGUCUCUGACCAUCACUCACAUCCUUUCAUAUCUCCGGAUUAUUCUCUUUCCAUUAUCUUCAUUGUUGAGGGAACACUGAUGAUUCUGAGUUGGAAAGACACUGCUGUUUUAACUGUUAUCAGCUGGGGUUAACGUCACGCUAGCCCAAACUUCUGAGGGGAUCAGUACAGAGUGAGGGGAGGUACGGAUAUUUUGAUAAACAGUUCCUUAAAAUGGAUCUGAAUAUGAAUCGGUUUCAUAAAUUACUAAUCCAUGGACUCAACAUUUUUAUUUCCUUUUCUAAAUUUGUGAAUUUGAAGCAUCAAAUUAUUGGUUUAGGUUUUUGUUAAACACAGCAGUGACUGAUGUGGUGUACUGCUCGAUGUGAGCAGGCUGAUUUAGUGUUUGAGAGAACAGUUUACCAAAAUUCCACCAACCCGCCCAGUCCAGACCGCGUACAAUCACUACAACCUAUAGACUGAACACAUACUCUUUUAUAGUGUGCGACCGGCACAUGAAGAUGGUGGAAUGAGUAUCAGGAAUGACCUCACAUGGAUCCGUCUUAUUAACAUUUGGAUAUUGCAAAAAAAGAAAAAAACCUUCCUUCAGCUCCUCCCUGAUGGAGAGAGUCUGAUUCCUUCCAGUUGCUCAAAUCAGAAAAUAUUGAACGCAUCUCUCAUUCCAGUCAGUGAAAGUGAAAGGUUGCCAUAUUGCUCAGUUUAGUGAUGGUGCAGCUUCGCACUUCCCGACGCACACUUUGAUAGCACUUGCAGAUUGAAAUGCCUUUAAUGAGCCCUAUGUGGCGCGCCAUUGCCCACAGUCCUUCUAAAAGAAAUAAGUGCCGCAUGAGCUAUGCAAUGUAUAGUAUUUACCCGUACACCAGACAAGCUGAACUUAAGCUCUAGUGACAAACUAUCACCAAUACUUGAAAUGUAAGUGUGGCAAGCAGGGGCAGGUUGGGCUUCAGCUGGGAGGCAGGAGGAGGCGCAGAGUUCCCACCCAGCUGCUGACGCUGAAGUCUUUGACUUGGUCUCGCUCAGUCCAACCACAAGCGACGACAUUUCUGAAAUUCUCUGUUUGGCUGGUGGAAAAUAAUCAACCCCGUCUCCUGCAGCUUACGUCUAUUUACUACUGAACGGCUCUGACAAAUACAAUGUGGAGGAAAACGUAACUGCUGCUGAAUGAAACACGGACUUUCUGUUCCCACUCCUUCAGCAUGUAACCGAGACACAACAUCAUCUGACUGACAUUUCAUUUUGGUCAAAAUCUACUUGUUGACAGUUUGUGUUGUGUAAACCUUUAGGACACAGGGCUGGAAUAAAUACUGUCUCUACUUUACAGGUAGAUUCUUAUGCAUUUUUCAUCUCUGUUACUUCAGAAUCAGAAUGUCAGCUGGAAGUGACAUAUCUUUUCUGUCCAUGUUGCAUGGCAUAAAAUGAUCUAAACAGAUUAGAUAAAUUUAAGGGGCUUGGAGGUGAUUAACAUGAAAGAUGCUGGUUAGAUGGAAGAUUUUCUGUCUGAUGUUUGAAAUGUUAAAACAGCAGUCAGUGUACCAGGUUUGACUUCUAUUUAUUCCAUUAUGUCAUCUAACUGGGGCUAACUUUGACCCAAAUGUGAUGCAUGAAUAGUGGUUUUGGAGUCUAAAUGAAUGUGUCCCGGUGGAGUUCCCAUCAUGGCCUGUUUGGCACCGUAACACACUUUGAGACACAGUUUCAGGCCUCAGUCACUUUGACAUCACUUUGAGAUUUUCAGGUUAAACGUUUCAGCGACCUGUUAUUUCACUGCUCUGUUACACUCUGCUCUCAUUUGUAGGCUUCAGCGCUACCAGGUACAGCUUUGACAGAAAUACCUGAGGUCCAGAUAAUGCUUAUUAUCUCACCGUUUCCCGCCUCCUGUCCGACACUCGACCUCGACCUUGCUUGCCACUGUAAUCUUUCGCUUAUUCUUCAAAGCGAAUGGUUGUUAGAAUAUUUGCACUGAGGACUUGCGUGACUAGUAAUAAGAAAGAUAAAAAUAGAAACUGCCAUUGAAUAAAAAAAGUUAUUUUUAUAGAAGCAAAAUUGAGCUCUGUUCAAAUGUAUUAUACCUAAUCAUGGAACCAAAGAGGCCAAGAGGUUUAGCUAUUGAAAGAUGGCAACGCCGUCAUGUUUUGUUGUUGUAAAUUACUUUGUGACAGUUAAAAGAGGCCUAAACACUGUAUCAGGGUAUAAUAACAGUCCAUAAUCAGCUUAAUCUCUUUUCUAUUUUGUACCUAGACAUGGAAUAUUUCAUAUUUUUUCAUCAAAUUACUUAAAUAUUCCUAGUUUUCCUUCUUCUUUUUGUUAGUGCUUGUUCCAGAAUCAUUUAGAGUAAAGCACGCUCCAUCUGAUCCCUGUACAGUCGAUGUAACAUGUGAAUAUGCUUUUGAAAUAUUUUGUUCUCUGUUAUUGUUGAAAAAUAAAUUUCUUAUUACCAAAUGUA